AUGAAAAAAUGGAAGGAGAAAAGAAAAUGGCAUAUAAAUAUAAUUUUGAUGUUUUUUUAUCAUUUUUUUGAUAGGAUAAAUUAUUCCAUGAGAAAUACAUUUUUACAUGAUCAUUACAUCUAUUUAAAAUUUCAAAAAAAUAAAAUUAUUGGUCUCUUAUCAAUAAUUAAUUCUAUUGUCUGUUUAAUUAUAUCACCUAUAGUUGGAUAUUAUUGUGAUAAACAUAAAAAGAAAAGAAAAAAGAUUUUGCAAAUUAUUUCUAUCUCUUAUUUAUUAGUGAAUAUUAUUCAUUUUAUGUUUAUAAGAACAAAUAGUUUAAUUUUAAUUAUAUUUGUCACUGCCUUAUCUAAAAUGCUACAUGAAUGUUGUCAUGUUAUAACAGAAUCUAUUUUUAUAGAAAGUAUAGAUAAAGGAAAGAAGAGUUUAAUAUUUACUUAUCAGAAACUUAUAAGCACCGUAGCAACAACAUUAGGGCCUUUUUUUUGUAUGAUAUUAUUUUAUUUAUAUAAUGACAUAUGGAAUAUUAAAAAUAUUUUCAUAAUAUUUCAGUUUUCUGUACUUAGUAUUCUUCCACAAACAUUUAUUAGUUUUUUGUGGGAAAACGAUAAUAUUAAUGUAGUAAAAAAUACGGAAGAAAUCGAUUUAAUAACAAAAAAAAAGAAUCAGAAAAACAUAUUCUGCUUUUCUAGUUAUCAUAUUCCUUAUAUUGUUUUUAUAUCACACAUUAUUACCUUAGCAGGAGCAGGCAUGACGUUUAAAUAUUUUUCUUUGUUUUUGAAAACCGAGUAUAAAGUAUCUCCCAUGUUAAUGUGCAUUCUUAAUAUUGUAAUUCCAGUUCUCUUAAGCAUUUUUACAUAUAUUUCUCAAAAAUUGUCUAAAAGGCUAGGAAGAGCACAAGUUUCUUUGUUUUUCACAUCUAUUGGUUUUUUGUUGUUAUGCUCAUUAUCAUAUCUUCAUAAUUACAAAGAUGUUUUAAAAGUUCAUGUUUUCAGGAGUGUUUUUCAAAAUUGUACAAAUUCAAUAGAUAAAAGUAUACUGUAUGAUUUUAUCGACACAAAUAGAGAUACAGGAAAAUGGAUGGGUGUGCAGAGUUUAUAUUAUUUGGUUUGGUCUAUUAGUGCAUAUUUUGGAGGAUGGUUAUCUGAUAUAUCAUCAUACAGAAACACAUUUAAAAUAACCACUAUUUUUUAUUUGAUAUCAUUAAUAAUCUAUACUCCCCUUUUAUGGCUUGUUCCUAUUAAAGAAACUGCAUAG